AUGUCUAUUAAUGUGUGGCCAACAGGUCGUGAACCAUAUCAUGGUGAUAUAGUACAAGGUCGAUUAGGAAACUGUUUUCUUAUUGCUUCACUUCAAGCAUUAGCAUCAUGUCAACCAUCUUUACUUAAAUCAAUUAUUUCUUCGUCAUCAUUUAUUUGUUUUUUCUAUCGACAAGGUGAACGUAUUGAAGUACCAAUAGUAUUACAAUCAUUAACAGAUGAAUAUCAAUACUGUCGUUCAACUGUAAUGAAUGUUCAAUGGCCUUAUAUUAUUGAACAAGCUUAUGCUCAAUUUUAUGGUGGGCGAUAUGAAAAUUUAAUUGGUGGAAAUACAUCCGAAGCAUUAUAUGAUCUAUUAGGAAAACCUGUUGAAGAAGUUGAACCUAAUGAUACAGAUCUGUGGAACAGAAUUGAAAAAGGUUUAACUAAUAAAAAUAUAUUAGUUACUUGUGGAGCUAUUCGAACAAAUGAAUCAACAACAACAACAGCAACAACUACUACCACCAACAAUGGACUUAUAGUUAAUCAUGCUUAUGCAAUUUUAGCUACUUUUAUUUAUCAACGAACACGAGAAAAAUAUGUUAUUAUUCAUAAUCCUCAUGGAAUUAAUCAUAUAUGUGAUGAAGAUAGUCGUGCUCGAGAAGCAUUUUUUGCGUCUAUUUCUAAAAGUCAUCCAUUAUGGUCAAAUACACCUGGAACUCAACUUGUUACUUGGUCUGAACUUAAACAAUCAUGUAAUCGUAUUCAAAUAUGUCAUUUAGAUGUUCAACCCUAUCAAAAUCUAUUUGGUAAUUGGACAACAUUAACUAAUGGUGGUUGUACAAAUUAUGCUACAUUUUAUCGAAAUCCAUUUGUUCUUUUACCUUUACCUUAUUUGAAGAAAACGAUUCUCAUCUUUGGUCAUACAAUUGAUCAACGAAAUGAACGAACAACAACAGAUAUUAAACUCAAUUAUCCACAAAUAGGUAUAACAGUAGUUCAACUUAAAUCACAUCCAAUACCUACUCAAGAUAAUUACGAAGUAGUUUGUCAAUCAAAAUUUUGGAAUAAACGAGAAGUAAUUCUUACAAUUAAUAUUGAACCUAAACAAGGUCAACAAUAUGCAGCUGUUUUAUCAACUUAUUAUCCAAAUAUUAAUACAUCAUUUUGGUUACAAUUCUUUUCUCAACAAACAUUACCAAAAGUAGAACUACGUACAUGGACAAGUGCAUUUCAACAACCUGUUCAAAUUGUUCAUGGACAAUGGCAUAAAGAAAAUGCUGGUGGUAGACAAAUUAAAUCCGAUACAAUGACAUUUUAUCAAAAUCCUGCAUAUCUUCUUACACUUUCAGGUACAUCUGUCGUGCGAAUAAUUCUUCAUCAAUCAUUUGAAACAGAUGUUCCACUUGCUCAACAUCAUCCAAUUGGUAUCUAUAUUCUUUCGAAUACAUAUAACGAUGAAGCAACAUUUGGACGAGCUAGAUCAGUAUCAAAAUUAGUUCGUUUACAUGCAGGAAUAGAAUAUUAUAUAGUACCUACUUGUUUCGAAGCAGGUUCUUUUGCAAAAUUUACAAUUGAUGUUCUUUGUGAUGUAGCUUUUACAUUCGAUGCUACUGAACGAAAACUACCUACAUCAUUGCUUCAAGAUAAAAAGAUGUCUAAUACCGCUGUAACAACGAGAAAACCGGUUGCUACAAGAACGACGGGAACGAAAGAAACACCGAAAAAAGGAGGUCUAUCCCUUGCUGCAGCUCGUAUGUCGACAAUAGCAGAUGACUAUUCCAAGAUGGUAUAA